AUGCGCCUCUUCAAGAGCGCAGCACGUCCGCCGGCAGAUGACCCGCCAACACCUUCCUCCGCGGACCCAUCCAACCCAACCAGCAACAAAAAUGGUGCUAUGCAUCAAGAAGUCAUCUCUCCCGCCUCCACAGCUACCACCAGCAAAUGGAACUUUUCGCGCGGCGACGGCGACACGGCCGCAGCCCUGUUCCGCGAGCCGGGCGAGAUACACGAGCCACAUGAUCCCGAUGAAGAAAAACGCCUGGUACGCAAGAUCGACUACAUGAUCCUGCCGUACCUGUCUGUCUGCUACGCCUUCUUCUACAUCGACAAGACCACCCUGUCUUAUGCAGCCAUCUUCGGCAUCAGGGACGACUUGAGCAUCUUUUACUUCGGCUUCCUGGCUUGGGCGUUUCCAACGAACUUCAUGCUGCAGCGUUUUCCGGUGGGAAAGUACCUCGGCCUCAACAUCUUCGUAUGGGGCGUACUCUUGAUGGCACAAGCGGGCGCGAAGAACUUUGGAACACUGGCAGCUCUCCGCGCACUUUCAGGAGCUGCCGAAGCCUGCGCCGACCCUGCCUUCAUGUUGAUCACGAGCAUGUGGUACACUCGCCGUCAACAACCAGUCCGAAUCGGUCUGUGGUACACCGCAAACGGCUUCGGUAUUGCACUCGGCGGUCUCCUUGGUUACGGCAUAGGACAGAUCAAAGGCUCCCUGCCCUCGUGGAAAUACGAGUUCUUGAUCAUCGGAGCCCUCUGCUGCAGCUGGGGCAUCGUCAUGUCCAUCUUCCUGCCCGACAGCCCCGUCACCGCGCCCAUGCUCAGCACCCGCGAGAAGCGCCUCGCCGUCGAGCGCCUGCGCGAGGACCAAACCGGCGUCGAGAACAAGCACUUCAAAGCGUACCAAGUCGCCGAGGCGUUCAAGGACCCCAAGACGUACCUCCUCUUCACCAUCGGCGUCGUCGCCAACAUCCCCAACGGCGGCAUCUCCAACUUCGGCACGCUCAUCAUCAAGGGGUUCGGCUACUCGACGCUGGUGACGACGCUGCUGCAGAUGCCGUACGGCGCGCUCAUCGCGCUCAGCAUCCUGGCCUGCGUCUACCUCAACGACUACUGCGCCGUCCGGCUGCGCCGCAACACGCGCUGCUGGUUCGUCAUCGCCUUCCUGGUCCCCAACAUCGCCGGCACCUUCGGCCUGCGCUUCGUGCCCCAGCAGCACCACGUCGGCCGCCUGUGGUGCUACUACCUCACCGGCCCCUACAACGCCGCCUUCGUCCUCCUCCUCUCCCUCACCAUCGGCAACACCGCCGGCCAUACGAAGAAGGUCGUCACGAACGCGUGCCUGUUUUUGGGUUAUUGCACGGGCAACAUAGCCGGCCCGUUCUUCUUCAAGACGGAGCAGCAGCCGACCUACACCCUGGGCAUCUGGAGCAUGAUCGUCUGCCAUCUGCUCGAAGUGGUGUUGAUUUUGAUCUUCAGGACGCUGCUGAGCAGGGAGAACAAGAGGAGGGAUCGCAAGUUUGGCGAGGGUGUGACGGUGCAGGAUCUGGACGCCACCGCCUUUGGCGAUCUGACCGACUGGGAGAACGAGAAUUUUAGAUAUGUGUACUGA